AUGGCACUUCGUGAUGACUUUGAGGGACUUCGUGGCUCUAUUUUUCAUCGUUCUCCACUUCCUUCGGUUGAUUCAGUAGUUAGUGAACUAUUGGCAGAUGAAAUUCGUCUUAAGUCUCAAGCAGGAAAAUGCAUCCUCCCAGCACCCAGUCCCUCUGUUUUGGUAGUUCCUCCUCGACACUUUACUCACCAUGAGAAUAAACCUCACACAAAGGUUGGAGUUGAUGAAUGCAGCUUUUGCAAACAAAAAGGUCACUGGAAGGCUCAGUGUCCUAAAUUAGUAAAUCGUGCACCUCAGCAACAAAGACAUCAACUCAGACCUCCUCAAUUCGGUAAUCAACCGCCUCAUUAUGGUAGCCAACCACAGUUUGGCAACCACUCACAACCUCGACCAUACCGUCCUCCGCAAUUUAAUGCCGCUGCUACUGUACCUCCAUCUGACUCGUAUGAUUUUGGGGCCUCAUCUUCCAAUCCUGCUCUUGCUGCCCUCUCAGAACAGUUUCAGAAGUUUCUUACCAUGCAGCCACAUGCCAUGUCCGCCUCUUCUUCGGUAGGUCAGCCCCCUACUAGCUCUUCAGGAUCCGCAGUCUCAGAAGCUGAUUGGGACCGGCCGUAGGCGGGGGGGUUUAUAUGUUUUGGAUGAGCUGAAAUUACCAGUAUAUGCAGCUCCUAGUGUUGAUCUGUCUUCCUUUCGAUUGUCUCCAUCAUCGUCUAGUUUUUAUUUAUGGCACUCUCGCCUUGGUCAUGUUUCAGCUUCCCGUUUAAGAUUCUUAGCUUCUACAGGAACCUUAGGAGAUUUGCAAGUUCAUGAUAUUUCUGAUUGUAGUGGUUGUAAACUUGCAAAAUUUUCUGCUUUACCUUUCAGUAAAAGUACUUCAUGUUCUGUUGCACCUUUUGACUUAGUUCAUUCUGAUGUGUGGGGACCCUUUCCUAUUGCUACAAAAGGAGGGUCUAGAUAUUAUGUCUCUUUUGUUGAUGAUCACACUCGAUUUUGUUGGGUUUUUCUAAUGAAAUGUCGUUCUGAUUUCUAUGAUA